AUGGCUCAACACCUUCCUCAUGACAUUCUUCAUCACAUUUUUACGAGCUAUGCAUCACUUGAUCAAUAUUUAAAUGGUCUCAUGCUUGUUUGUAGCCAUUGGUAUGAAACAACAAAAUACGAAAGGUUUUGGUUAGUAACUUUGGACAAACUUCUCUGCACUGAAAUUCAAGCUAUAAAAGAUCCUCGACAAUUCGGAGGAGAACAAGUGCAACAUUUCCCAUUCAAUGAACAUGUUGAGAGGGUGUUGGCCAUAACUUUCGAGGCCAUCGGUAGAGAAAGAGAAAGAUAUCUCAAGAAAUUGCUGAAUAGAAGGCAACAUUUAAUUAUCGACAUGAAACCAUUCAAAAAGAGGAAAGAGCAAAAUAGAGAUAUUUAUGGAGAAACAUUCAAGUGGAGAACUGUUCAGUUCAUCAGAGAAAAAAGAAGGAGAAUUAUGGCUUUGGAAAUGGUGAUAAUGGCAAUGGAAUUUGAGAGUGAUGUUUUGAAUGAGCAAUUAUUCGAAGCAAAGUGGAAUGAAAUUAUUGAAUUUAUUCGUGAAAAUGGAAUUUAUGAUUUGAAAACUGUCUCAAAUUUGAGAAUUUUACAAUCAUCUACAACUAUUUUUCAUAUUCUACUGAAACAAUGGAAGAUACAUUUUAAAAAUCAAUUUGUAGAUUCUAAAUGUCUUGAGAAAUUUAUUCAUUUCUUCCUUUGUGAAUGUAAUUUAAAUAUUUCUCCCUAUGUAGAUCUAUUGGUUAGUAUGGAAAUGAAUAUUCAACGAUUAAACAAUAAGGUAUUCAUCAAAAAGCUAACUAAUGAGGUGAAAUCUAGUAGAAAAACAGGAGUACCACCAAAGACAUUAUUGUUAUUGAUUCAAAAUUGUAACAUGUACCGACAAGAUGAAGCGCAAUUUAUAAGAAUAUUUAUUGAAAUGUUGAAAAACAAAAAACAUUUUCAUGAUCAAAUGGUUAAUCCAUAUCUUAAUCAGUAUUUAGGAUCGGUUGUCCCUAGUAUUUUCUGCAUAGAACUAUAUUUAAAGGAUUUGAAUAUCACUCAGUGCAAAGAUUAUAAGCAUUACAAUAUGGUAAAUUCUAUCUGUAGAGACAUAGAGUAUGUAUAUAGUGAGGAAGUUGUGAAAAUUAUACAGAGAGCUCAUUCUGAGUUUGGACUAGGUCUAAAUAUUCCACUUCCUGAAAGCUUAGUUCAUGAAAAAAACAAAUUGCCACUUCUUAAAUUCCUGAUUGAAAAUGGUUCAGAUGUAAAUUCACCUCCUCCAGGAACACUUUAUUGCUAUGGAUAUACUUUGAUUCAAUAUAUUCGACAAUGUAGAUCAGGUAGUUCAACAAGUGAUGAAAUAAUUUAUCUAGUCGAACACGGUGCUGUUCUCCCAGAGGAUUCUAAUAGUUACGGCAUAAGAGUAGAUAAUGUAUUUGAUGCAUAUUUUGAUAGAGAAGAAAAGUAUUUACCAACCUUAAAGUUUCUUGUUGAAAAAUUUGGAAAGAGAUUAACAAGUGGAACUGAGUGGUUGAUGAAUAUUCACAGAACGCGGAGUAAUGGCUCAACAAUUGAAGGAUUUUGUCAAGUUUUAAUGUAUUAUGAGAGUUUGGAUGUUUUACGUGAUUUACUUAAUAAGGGAGGUUUUCUUCUACUUGUGAAAAUCUACUGUUUUUGGGAUGAAUAUUAUGCAAGGGAAUCAGAUGUUGGGAAAAAGAAAGAGUUAAGGGAAUUCCUUAAAAGUAAGCUUGACAUUGUAAUUGAUGAUACUCUUAUAGAAGUUUGUAUUGAGGAUUCCAAAGAAAUCAAUGAAGAAAAUGGUUUCUAUUUUCCAAACGAUGACGAAUUUUAA